AGGAAGCGACCACGUGAGGCGCUUUACGGUGGCCGAAAGGAUCCCGCCGAUGUGUUAGUAACCACUCCAGAAGUUACACUUGGAGGUGCGGGAAGGAUUGUUUCUCUACCCCAGUCCCCCGAGUCUUGAGGAGGGUACUGCGGCAGCUGUCACCAUGGUGAAGGAGCAGUUCCGGGAGACGGAUGUGGCCAAAAAAAUAAGCCACAUCUGUUUUGGAAUGAAGUCGCCCGAGGAGAUGCGUCAGCAGGCGCAUAUCCAGGUUGUGAGUAAGAACCUGUACAGCCAGGACAACAACCAUGCCCCCUUGCUGUAUGGGGUGCUUGAUCAUAGGAUGGGUACAAGUGAGAAGGAUCGUCCUUGUGAAACCUGUGGAAAAAACUUGGCUGACUGUCUGGGCCACUAUGGAUACAUUGACUUGGAACUGCCGUGUUUUCAUGUGGGAUACUUCAGAGCAGUUAUAGGCAUUUUACAGAUGAUCUGCAAAACCUGCUGCCACAUCAUGCUGUCCCAGGAGGAGAAGAAGCAGUUUCUGGAUUAUCUAAAGAGGCCUGGCUUGACCUACCUCCAGAAACGAGGACUGAAGAAGAAAAUUUCUGAUAAGUGCCGAAAGAAAAACAUCUGCCAUCACUGUGGCGCUUUUAAUGGUACUGUAAAGAAAUGUGGAUUACUGAAGAUAAUUCAUGAGAAAUACAAAACCAACAAAAAAGUGGUGGAUCCUAUGGUAUCAAAUUUCCUUCAGUCUUUCGAGACUGCCAUUGAGCAUAACAAAGAAGUGGAGCCCCUGCUGGGAAGGGCACAGGAAAACUUGAAUCCCUUAGUCGUUCUGAAUUUAUUUAAGCGAAUUCCAGCUGAAGAUGUCCCUUUACUUCUGAUGAACCCAGAAGCUGGAAAGCCCUCUGAUUUGAUUCUCACACGACUUUUAGUGCCUCCCUUGUGUAUCAGACCCUCUGUCGUGAGCGAUUUGAAGUCUGGUACCAAUGAAGAUGAUCUAACAAUGAAAUUGACAGAAAUUAUUUUCCUAAAUGAUGUCAUUAAAAAGCAUCGGAUAUCAGGAGCUAAGACCCAGAUGAUCAUGGAAGACUGGGACUUCCUGCAGCUGCAGUGUGCCCUCUACAUCAACAGCGAGCUCUCAGGCAUUCCCCUCAACAUGGCACCUAAGAAAUGGACCAGGGGUUUUGUCCAGCGCCUGAAGGGAAAACAGGGUCGAUUUAGAGGCAAUCUCUCAGGAAAGAGGGUAGAUUUUUCUGGCAGAACAGUCAUCUCACCUGACCCUAACCUCCGGAUUGAUGAGGUAGCUGUGCCAGUUCACGUGGCCAAAAUUCUGACUUUUCCUGAGAAGGUAAACAAAGCAAACAUUAGUUUUUUGAGGAAACUGGUUCAAAAUGGCCCUGAAGUUCACCCAGGAGCCAAUUUCAUUCAGCAGAGACACACACAGAUGAAAAGGUUUUUGAAAUACGGAAAUAGGGAAAAGAUGGCUCAGGAACUCAAGUAUGGGGACAUCGUAGAGAGACACCUCAUAGAUGGGGAUGUGGUGUUAUUCAAUCGGCAGCCGUCACUGCACAAAUUGAGCAUUAUGGCGCAUCUGGCCAGAGUCAAGCCCCACAGGACCUUCAGAUUUAACGAGUGUGUGUGUACACCCUACAAUGCGGAUUUUGAUGGUGAUGAAAUGAAUCUUCAUCUUCCUCAAACAGAAGAAGCUAAAGCAGAGGCCCUUGUUCUAAUGGGGACUAAAGCAAAUCUUGUAACCCCAAGGAAUGGAGAACCACUGAUUGCUGCUAUUCAGGAUUUUCUAACAGGUGCCUAUCUUCUCACUCUUAAGGAUACUUUCUUUGACCGAGCCAAGGCUUGCCAAAUCAUUGCUUCAAUAUUGGUUGGCAAGGAUGAGAAAAUUAAAGUUCGCCUCCCACCCCCUACAAUAUUAAAGCCUGUCACCCUGUGGACAGGAAAGCAGAUCUUCAGUGUCAUCCUCAGACCUAGUGAUGACAAUCCAGUGAGGGCCAACCUCCGAACCAAGGGCAAGCAGUACUGUGGCAAAGGAGAAGAUCUCUGUAUCAAUGAUUCCUACGUUACUAUCCAGAAUAGCGAGUUGAUGAGUGGCAGCAUGGACAAAGGAACGCUGGGAUCAGGAUCCAAGAACAAUAUUUUUUACAUUUUGCUGCGAGACUGGGGGCAGAAUGAAGCUGCCGAUGCCAUGUCACGGCUUGCCAGGCUGGCUCCUGUCUAUCUCUCUAACCGUGGAUUCUCAAUUGGGAUUGGUGAUGUCACACCUGGCCAAGGAUUGCUAAAGGCCAAGUAUGAGUUGCUGAAUGCUGGCUACAAAAAAUGUGAUGAGUACAUUGAAGCCCUAAACACAGGCAAACUGCAGCAGCAGCCUGGUUGCACUGCUGAGGAGACUCUGGAGGCUUUGAUCCUGAAGGAGCUGUCUGUGAUCCGUGAUCACGCUGGCAGUGCCUGCCUCCGGGAGCUGGACAAGAGCAAUAGCCCCCUCACCAUGGCUCUGUGUGGCUCCAAAGGUUCCUUCAUUAACAUAUCACAGAUGAUUGCCUGUGUGGGACAGCAAGCCAUCAGUGGCUCCCGAGUGCCAGAUGGCUUUGAAAACAGGUCCUUGCCUCACUUUGAAAAACACUCAAAGCUCCCAGCUGCCAAAGGCUUUGUGGCUAAUAGCUUUUAUUCUGGUUUGACACCAACCGAGUUUUUCUUUCACACAAUGGCUGGCCGGGAAGGUCUGGUCGACACAGCCGUAAAGACAGCUGAAACAGGAUACAUGCAGAGAAGGCUCGUAAAGUCCCUUGAAGAUCUUUGCUCACAAUAUGAUUUAACAGUUCGAAGCUCUACGGGUGAUAUUAUCCAGUUCAUUUAUGGAGGAGAUGGCUUAGAUCCUGCAGCUAUGGAGGGAAAAGACGAACCCUUGGAGUUUAAAAGAGUUCUGGACAACAUCAAAGCAGUCUUCCCGUGUCAGAGCGAACCUGCUCUCAGUAAAAACGAACUGAUCCUGACCACUGAGUCGAUCAUGAAGAAGAACGAGUUCCUUUGCUGCCAGGACAGCUUCCUGCAGGAAAUAAAAAAAUUCAUCAAGGGGGUCUCUGAGAAGAUCAAGAAAACCAGAGAUAAAUAUGGCAUCAACGAUAACGGCACGACAGAGCCCCGUGUGCUCUACCAGUUGGACCGGAUCACCCCCACCCAAAUAGAAAAGUUUCUGGAAACCUGUAGGGACAAGUACAUGAGGGCACAGAUGGAGCCAGGUUCUGCAGUAGGCGCACUCUGUGCCCAGAGCAUUGGUGAACCAGGCACCCAGAUGACCCUGAAGACGUUCCACUUUGCAGGUGUAGCCUCCAUGAACAUCACCCUGGGUGUGCCCCGGAUCAAAGAGAUCAUCAAUGCUUCCAAGGCCAUCAGCACUCCGAUCAUCACGGCACAGCUAGACAAGGAUGAUGAUGCAGAUUAUGCUCGCCUUGUGAAAGGGAGAAUUGAGAAAACCCUCUUGGGAGAGAUUUCAGAGUAUAUUGAAGAAGUGUUUCUUCCUGAUGAUUGCUUUAUUCUCGUCAAGCUCUCCCUGGAACGGAUUAGACUUCUGAGACUGGAAGUGAGUCACGUAAUUAAAUGUGUAGAGGAAGUCAUCCUCUGUUACACCCAGCACAGCACCUGUCUAGCUCAAACGGUGCGGUAUUCCAUCUGUACGUCCAAGCUCCGCGUGAAGCCGGGUGACGUGGCUGUUCAUGGUGAGGCUGUGGUAUGUGUCACCCCCAGAGAGAACAGCAAGAGCUCCAUGUACUACGUGCUGCAGUUCCUGAAAGAGGAUCUCCCCAAGGUGGUGGUGCAGGGCAUCCCAGAGGUGUCCAGGGCUGUCAUCCACAUCGACGAGCAGAGCGGAAAGAAGUACAAGCUCCUGGUGGAGGGUGAUAACCUGAGGGCAGUCAUGGCCACCCAUGGCGUGAAGGGCACCCGAACCACCUCCAAUAACACAUAUGAGGUGGAGAAAACACUGGGCAUCGAAGCUGCCCGGACGACUAUCAUCAAUGAAAUCCAGUACACGAUGGUCAACCACGGCAUGAGCAUCGACAGGAGGCAUGUGAUGCUGCUCUCUGACUUGAUGACGUACAAGGGUGAAGUCCUAGGCAUUACUAGGUUUGGCCUGGCCAAGAUGAAGGAAAGUGUGCUGAUGCUGGCCUCCUUUGAGAAGACGGCUGACCACCUCUUUGACGCUGCCUACUUUGGGCAGAAGGACUCCGUGUGUGGGGUAUCCGAAUGCAUCAUCAUGGGGAUCCCCAUGAACAUUGGAACUGGGCUCUUCAAGCUGCUCCACAAGGCGGACAGGGACCCGAGCCCUCCCAGGAGGCCCCUGAUCUUCGACACAAAUGAAUUCCACAUCCCCCUUGUCACAUAGGCCAGGGAAAAGGGGACUAUUCCUGACUUCAGCUCCUUGUCUUAUCUGGAAAGGGGCUCGAGACCAACAGCUGCCUUGGCUUUGUACUCCCUGGGACAGGGGCCUUGAUGUCCCCACCAUGCCAGCAGUCAGAGAAUACCCCCUAGACCCUCGGUAGCAGCUUGCCUGGUGACCCUGACCAUACCACAGUGCUUGGUCAGGACAAAAAGUAUGGUUUGUCAUUUGUUUGAAACCUAAUCUAUGGACAGCUCCAUACCUCCUGCCCAGCCCACCUCCCUGGACUCGGGAGGAGACCCCAACCAGACAUCUUCACUCAUUCCUGCCUCACCUGUCUAUCCAUCAGCUCCCAGGGGUGUCUCAUACCUGCCCAGGACCCAGGUCUGAGCCCCAGGGUCAGGGCAUGGUCCCAGUUUUUUCAUUCCUCAGUCAUGGUAGAAUUUCUCAAUGUGACAUACUUGUGUAAAUAUUGUUACUAUUAUUUAUUUGUUCAGUUUGAAAACUGGAGUUUUUGUUACUUGGUUUUACUUUUGAAACCUAGAAGCUAUAGAAACCAAGAAAGCCAGCAUUGAAACAUCACUGGAAAAACUGGUUAAGCAAAUGGAACUGUCUCAGAUUUGUAAUUGAGCUGAGACUGUGAGGCCCAAGCUGCUCUGAAAUGCCUUUCACAGACUCCAUGAUCACCCUGUUUUCGUCUACCUCCAACCCCCACGCUAGUGACACUACCUUGUCACUCCGUCUUGUGACAAGAGUCAAACCCAUUCUUCGUGGUCUUGCUGGCAUUUGGGGCCUGCUAAGGUGGAGACCAUCAUUGUACACAGAUGAUGAGUGAGGCUGGUCCAGGCUGCCUGCAUUGCCUUGGUGGCAUCAACACCCCUCCUGAGGUAUCUGCCUGUGUGUGCACAGGGCAGUUGUGGAACUGGUAGCCUAAAAAGUGCCCCAGGGACAGUAGCAAAAGAGGGCUCUCCCUGGUACCGGCAGGUGCCAGCCAUAAAGGGUGAAAGGGCCACCCAUACAGGAAGGGAGGAGGCCCACAAAGGGUGUGGGGGGUGCUAGCUGGAGCUGGAGACCUGCCCCAGUUGGCAACAGCAGGCUCCUUGAAGUGUAAAUCUAAUAUGACAAUGGAAAGCACAUGUCAGGCUGUGAGGAGAGAACCAGCAGGGUAUCCCAGAAAGCCCUGUAUUUAAUCCUCUGCUCAGGCUUCUGCCAGUGACUGCACCAUCAUUGUUACAGUUUUUCAAGGCUUCUGAGGGGGUUUUGUACAACAUAGGAAAGAAAUGUACGUAACUUGUCUUCUGGAGAGCAGAAAGAGUUUUUGCUCCCGGAGACACUUUUCUUUGCACAGAAUUUGCUGCGUAGGAUUGGCCCAGGACCAUGAGAAGAAAUGACUGCAGCUCCCCUCCCUCUGGAGAUCUGUGGGGUCUGUCCUUCCUUUCCGUGCACAGAACAGAGUCCCAGUGUUGACUCUUCUUCCCCAGUGGGGCCUUGGAAAACCAAGGCUGCAUAGUUGGGAAUUAGGUGAAAGUGAAAGAUGGGGCUUUCACCCUAAUUUUUGCUUUCUUGCACUUGAAGUCUUCUGAAACAGCACAGCCAAUUUAUCUCAUUGUAUAAAGUCACAGGAAGAACUAACAACCCAAACCGAAGACAUGGGAAUUUAUUGUCGAGCAAGAGGAUGGUUUGGGUGAUUAGAGAGGUGAAUAUGGUAAAAAGAAAAAGUAAGGGAGGCUUAAAGAAUUCCAGUGGUAUUUUAUGGACUUUAGCUUACAUUCUUUGGACAUUCCCUAGUACAGGGAUCCCCAACUCCCAGGCCGCAGACCAGUACCGGUCCAUGGCCUGUUAGGUACCAGGCUGCCCAGUAGGAGGUGAGUGGCAGGCAAGCAAGCGAGGUUUCACCUGUAUUUGCAGCUGCUCCCCAGCACUAGCAUCACCACGUAUGGUUCCACCUCAGGUCAUUAGGCAUUAGAUCUUCAUAGGAGCUCUGCUCUCAGGUGCCAAAAAUUGGGGACCGCUGCCAUAGUUGAUUUCCUCCAUUCUGAAUCAGUCCUGCUAAGGUACUAGUAUAACCAUUGGUCCUUGGGUCUGUGUUAAAAUGAGUGCUUUCCCUCCCUUACUGAUGUGAUUCUGAAUUAGGAAUUCUUGACCUGAGUUAUUUUUGGCCAAGGCUGAGAUUUAAAAUUCUAGGGAAAUUUGUAGUUUGUCCCUGUGGUCCCCCUGCACCCAGGAGGUUGGCCUACGAACUUCUGUGAAAGAUAUUCCAUUUUUCAUCAUGUCCAGCCCUGUAUCUUAAAAUGAGCUAGCCUGGUUGAGACUAAGGAGUAAGUCUAUUAACACACUUAUUCAGUGUUGCCAGCUGAGACCUCACCACAGGAACUGCUGCGCUCUCAACCUGCAAAGAGCCACAGAGUAGCAAAGCUGCCUUCCUGCAAACUUGCCUGGGAAGGACGCCUCAGGCCCCGGAUUGGUACCAGGACUACUGGGAUACAUAGGGAACCAAGGAGGGUGGGCUUGGAUAGCAGGAGGGAACACCAGCACCCACAUCCCUCUGUGUGACACAUACUUGAAAUAAGGUGGGGAGAGUGGCAGUGCUGCCAUGAGUAAUAAAGACACAUUGCCAGGAGCCCCAUCCUACCUGAGAGGGUACUUGCUAGGUGAUAGAGUCCAUGUGAAAUGUGUGUGACAAUAAUGGGUACAGGCAAGGGGUUGGGUUUAGAUCAGCAUGUGGUACUUUGGGAACAGAAGGGUUAUGUGAGUGAGCACACCACCCAAUGAGAAGCGAUGUGUCCUGUAGGCACUGGUCCUCAAGUACUGCCAGCCCUGCUGGGACCACUGGCAUAGGCAGCAAUGGCUGGCAAGCCCUAUUUUGUGUACCCCACUGUGUGUUUCAUGGGUGGGUGUUAAAACUCUCCCUGAUGUGAUACCUGCUCUGUCCUGGCAUUAGGUUUUAUAGCAAGCACAGAGCUUGAAGACCAGAUAGCAAUGUAUUCUCAAAAGUGAGCUCAAAAGGUUACGAUUUUACUAUGCGCCUGUUUGGAAGAAAUAAAAACAUUUAAAUUCUGUCUCAACCAUGAA